AUGCCGAAAUUGGCACCAACAAUAGCCAUCAUCCAGAACACGUUUCGGAAGCUCAACCUUCCCCCGCCAUCCCUCCAAGCAUUCUUGAAUGACCUUCCCCGGAACGAUUUCAACACGGUGUUUAGGUCACUGCCUGGCUUCUAUAACAAGCUCGAUGAAGAACAUGAGAACAAGUCGGGUCCUUGUUUCAUUGCAGCAAUGCCUGGUUCCUUUUAUGGGAGGCUCUUCCCUGACAACUCUCUCCACUUUGUUCAUUCUUCUUGUGCUCUCAUGUGGAUCUCUGAGGUCCCAAAAGGUUUGGUGACGAAAGGAGGAGAGGGACUGAACAAGGGGAACAUAUAUAUAGCCAAGACAAGCUCACCCGCUGUGUUUAAUGAAUACUUUGAGCAAUUCAAAAGGGACUUCAGAGUCUUUCUGUGGUCUCGGGCACAAGAGCUAGUCCCGGGAGGUAGUAUGGUCCUCACAACAAUGGGCAGCAUAAAUAGCAAAGAUCCCCUCUGCAUUUGGGAAUUUGUCGGAUUAAAACUCCAUGACAUGGUUUUAGAUGGUUUGAUUGAAGAGGAAAAAUUGGACACAUUCAAUAUGCCAUACUACAUACCAACAACGGAUGAGGUGAAAGAGGUUGUCGAGGCUGAAGGUUCUUUUACCCUGCAAAACCUCGAAGUUUUCAGAAAUGACUGGGACUCUUAUAUAAAACAAGCAAAUUGUGGCUUUGACAAGAAUGCGAGGGCAGCAAUACUGUCCACUGACAUAAGAGCUGUGGGAGAGCCUAUUCUGGCCAGCCAAUUCGGAGAGGAAGCCAUGGACGAUUUGUUUCGCAGGUUUGAAGAAGAUGUUCUUGAUCACAUGGAAAAGGAGAAGUGCCAGUUCAUCAACCUGGUUAUCUCGUUAACUAAGAAGCGUUGAAUAUGAAUGUGCUGCAGAGAUCUAUUGCGCGCUUCUGUUUAUUGUGGUGGAUUCCCUGUUUUAUUGUUUUGUUGAAUAAAUUUUCAAAUUGUAGCGUGCAAUUCCUAGCUAGCUAGCCUUGAGGUUUUUACCAUUAAGGUUAAGUUAGUCAAUUAAAUUAUCAUGAACAUGAUGCAAAUACUGGAAAUUCGUGCGGACACCUUAAAAUUGCGGAAAGAAA